UUUAGGCAGUCAAAAUAUUACUGUCUGUUCAUGCACAAAAUUACCUCCCAAAGAGUUGCUCAAGGUACAGAAAACAGUACAAUGGAAAAUAGCACAGUGUUAUCCAGCUGGACAAGUGACAGCAAAGAAAACAUGAAGUAUGACUUUUCAUGUGAACUCUACAGAAUGUAUACAUACUCAGCCUUCCCUAUUGGUGUUCCUGUCUCAAAAAGAAGCCUUGCUCGAACUGGUUUUUAUUACACUGGUGUGAAUGAUAAAGUCAAGUGCUUCUGUUGUGGCCUGAUGCUGGACAACUGGAAACAAGGAGACAGUCCUAUUGAAAAACACAGACAGCUCUAUCCUAGCUGCAACUUUAUUCAGAAUCUGGUUUCAGCUAGUAUGCAAUCCACUUCUAAGAAUUCCUCUCCAGUGCGAAACAGCUUUGCAAAUUCAUUGUCUCCUACUUUGGAACACAGCAGCUCAUUCAGUGCUCCUUAUUCCAACCUUUUGUCAAACCCUCUUCAUUCUAGAGCUGUCAAAGACUUCUCUCCAGAGAGGAUUAAUCCCUACAGCUAUGCAAUGAGUACUGAAGAAGCUAGAUUUCUUACUUACAAAAAUUGGCCAUUAAGCUUUCUGUCACCAUUAAAUAUGGCAAGAGCUGGCUUUUAUUAUGUAGGACCUGGAGAUAGGGUAGCCUGUUUUGCCUGUGGUGGGAAGCUCAAUAACUGGGAACCAAAGGAUGAUGCUAUGUCAGAACACUUUCCUAACUGUCCAUUUCUGGAAAAUUCUUUAGAAACUAUGAGGUUUAGUAUUUCAAAUCUCAGCAUGCAAACACAUGCAGCUUGCAUGAGAACGUUUAUGUACUGGCCGUCCAGUGUUCCAGUUCAGCCUGAGCAGCUAGCAAGUGCUGGUUUUUAUUAUGUGGAUCGCAAUGAUGAUGUCAAAUGCUUUUGUUGUGAUGGUGGCUUGAGGUGUUGGGAGUCCGGAGAUAACCCAUGGGUAGAACAUGUCAAGUGGUUCCCAAGGUGUGAGUUCUUGUUACGCAUGAAAGGGCAGGAAUUUGUUGAUGAAAUUCAAGCUAGAUAUCCUUAUCUUCUUGAACAGUUGUUGUCAACUUCAGAUACUCCUGGAGAAGAAAAUGUUGAUCCUCCAAUUGUUCAUCCUGGCCCUGGAGACAGUUCUUCAGAGGAUGCAGUCAUGAUGAACACACCUGUUGUUCAAGCUGCCUUGGAAAUGGGCUUUACUGGAAGCCUGGUAAAGCAGACCUUUCAACGUCAAAUCCUGAUGACUGGAGAGAACUUUAAAACAGUUAAUGAUAUUGUGUCAGCACUUCUUAAUGCUGAAGACAAAAGAAGAGAAGAGGAGAAGGAAAGACAAGCUGAAGAAUGGCAUCAGGAGCAUGAUAUUAUCAAACAAAAAACACAGAUUCCUUUACAAGCAAGAGAACUGAUUGAUACCAUAUUAGUUAAAGGAAAUUCUGCUGCCAACAUCUUCAAAAACUGUCUAAAGGAAAUCGACUCCACAUUAUAUGAAAACUUAUUUGUGGAAAAGAAUAUGAAGUAUAUUCCAACAGAAGAUGUUUCAGGUCUGUCCUUGGAAGAACAAUUGAGGAGAUGGCAAGAAGCUUGUAAAGUGUGUAUGGACAAAGAAGUUUCUGUUGUAUUUAUUCCUUGUGGUCAUUUGGUAGUGUGCCAGGAAUGUGCCCCUUCUCUAAGGAAGUGCCCUAUUUGCAGAGGUAUAAUCAAGGGGACUGUUCAUACAUUUCUCUCAUAAAAAAAUGGAAAAUAGGCUGUGUAUUAGCCUAUUCUGAGAGUCUUUACAAAAUUGGUUACUAUCGGAAGCCAUCUGAAACAAGGAAGGAGUUAACUCGCUCUUCACCUUGUAUAUUUACUUUCUGCUCUGCUUGGAGCUAAGAAGCUGGCUUCAUUCAAGACAGUAUAUAUAUUUAAUUGUUAGCAAUUUAGUUUUCUGGGAGUGCUUAUAUUUGCCAAGGUAAAUCAGUGUGUAUGUGUGAGAGGAGCCAGUGUCUGCUUGUUAGGGGCUGUGUCAGGAGGUCCUGGACUUGGUA